GUCUGAUACAUCUAAACUUUUAACACAAGUUUACUAACGUAAACAAAUAAUUGUUAUGUGACUUGUUGCAGGUCAAAUUCUACAAUAAUUACGUAAUUUAUACAAUUUUUCAUCGAAUUUUAUCUUUUCAAUUGUAAGUUUAUAAUAAUAUAUUACUGCUUAUUGACAGAAAAGAUUCAACUUAUUCUGAUUACUCUUUAUUUUUGUCGACAUGGGUUGUGAUGGUGGCACCAUUCCUCGACGUGAUGAACUUGUCCGUCAAAAAAAGAAACCUGAACAAAAAGAUAAAAAUGCUGAAAAUGUAGCGAAAUGGAAACACUGUGCAAUUACUCAGGAGCCUCUUCGAAAACCAAUUGUUGCAUGUGAACUAGGUAAACUAUACAAUAAAGAGGCUGUUAUCGAGCACAUUCUGAAUAAGGAAGCGGCUGCUACCUCUGAAAAUGCUGGACACAUUGCCCGAUUGGCUGACAUCAAGGAGCUGAAUCUAACUGAAAAACCUGGUUUCGAAGUUAAUAAAAACCAAAAAGGUGAUGAAUACGUCGAUUUUCACGAUUCCAGAUAUAUUUGCCCAGUUACAGGACUCGAUAUGAACGGUAAGCAAAGAUUUUACCUGAUGUGGAAAUGUGGUUGCGUUCUUUCCGAAAGAGCUGUAAAGGAAGUGAAAUCGGAUACGUGCCAUAAGUGUGGAAAACCAGCGGCAGAAGAUGAUCUCAUCAUUCUAAAUGGCACAGACGAGGAGACAGAGGUUUUGCGAGAGAAGAUGGUGGAGAGAAGACGUGUAGCGAAACUGGAAAAAAAGAAAAAGAAGAAAGCUUCUGCAGCUGAAGGUGCUCCAGUGGAGAAAAAGAUUAAAGUAGAAACGUCUGAAGAUAGUUCAAGUGGUUAUAGCUCUGAAGAUGUAAGAAUUAAAAAAGAACAAGAAGAGGGAAUUGAUCAGAAACCUGGCACUUCUGGAGUCAAGACCACCAAGUUAAUAAAUGGUGUCAAAGCUGAAAAUAAAUCUCGAAAGGAUAAGGAAACAUCUAAAAAUGUGUUUUUGCCAGACAAAGCUAAAAAGUCUUACAGUAUUGCGAAGGAUCCUACUGCAAGUGCUGCAUAUAAAUCAUUGUUCACGUCUUCAAAAGCUGCAAAACAGCAAGAGAAGGCACACUGGGUAACUCAUAAUCCUUUGUAUUUUUAAAUACAUUUGGAACAGAUAUCAGAAAACUUGAGUCUUCAUUUAAGGAUUUCCUUAAUUUAAGAAGAAUUUAGACUUUAUUUCAUUAACAAAGCUAUUCUGGCAGUUUUAUGAAAAAGACAGGUCUUUAAACAAAAGAUUAUUUCCUAACCUGAUCUUCAAAGAAAAAUUUGUUUCUAUUUCUAAGCUUCUUGAUAGGUUAUAAAACAGGCCCUGAAUGAAAAUUUUUUUGAGUUAUUUAAAAAAUAUUCUAACACAUUUGAAUUUUUAAUAAUUCUGCAAACUUAGAAAAUAAACUCAUCAAUUUAUGUCAUGAAUUCAAUGUUUUGUGGAAUUGAAUUCAGUUCUAAUGUAAUUUUGGUAUAAAUAACAGAAAGUUUUUUAAAUUCAUUAUCUAAAAAUAUUAUUGAAAGUAUGUAGCAUUAUUUAAUUUGUUUGUUUUUAUGUAUUUUACAACAUUAAAGAAAAGUUUUAUGUUUCCUUUUGUUUAAUAUUGAUUGAAUGGUUGUUUUAGGUUAAUACUUAGUUUCAUCAUAAAGAUAAUUUGUGUUACACAAGUUUAUCUUGUAUUCGUACAAAAUAGUUAUGAAUAACAUCAAAUUUCCAGAAAUGAUUUUGACACAAAUAUGAAUUCUUACUACAGUUGAUGCAGUUAUUUGCAUAUUAAGUGAAUGUUUUUUAAAUGUUUGUGAAGGAUAUAUUGUAUAUUUUCAAAACUCUUAUUUUCUUUUUCCAAAAUUGUAUUGGCAGAAGUCGAAGGGAAAUUUUUUUUUUCAACCAAUAGAUCACACAUGCUGGUUUU